AAUACACAAUGCCCAUUACGAGUAAAAUUGAAUAUUAAAACUAGAUGAAAUCUAUCAAGAGUUGCUUGAGUUUGAAGAAAGAUAUCAUAAAGGAUCAGAGAAAUAUGAUGUUAUACAAAAAUUGAUUGAUUUAUAUGCUUUGUUAAUAGAACAUUAUGAUAGCAUAUAAGUAAUAAUUGAAUGAUUGUAGGAUCCAGUUGGAUAUUAUUUUAAUGAGAAACUACAAUCGUUAUUUGCUUGUCAAAGAGCUCUGAAGAGCAUUCGUAAAACUAACUAAGAUUAGCCACCAUCAAUGCCAAGUCAUACAUAAAGUUUAAUUAUAUAAGAGACUAACAAUAUUUAAAACAGUUAAGAAAGUAUAAAAGCAAAGGUAUAUUAUUAUGAUUAUAUAAUAAGUAAUCUAUGGGUGUAGAACAUAAAAAGAGAGAGCGUUAAACAAAAGCAAAGAUUGCAAUGGAAAUAUAAGAUAAGAUUGAAUUUAGCCAAAAGGAUUUGUAGCAUUUGAUAAGUGGAUAUUAAAAAGCAUCAGAUGAGACAUAAAAAGUAAUUGAGGAAGAUCUUAAGCGAUAAGAUGAAUUGUUUUUGUAGAGAAGGCUUAAAAGAGAGAGUAUAAUUCCAUAUUGAUAAAAGAAACAAAUUUGAUGAGAAAAUCCAGUAGAAUGUGCUCAACUAAAUGUAGUACUGAAAGAUUAGAUCUAUUUGAGAGUUGUAUUGAAUUUUCAAGCGGAGGAGUUGAUUAAAAUUAAGAUCUUAACAAUGCUAGAUUAAUGUUGCUUCUUAAAGAAUAAUCAGGGAAAAUAAGUUCAGAUAAGACAAAUCCUUUAAUACAAAAUCAAGUAGAGGAAGUGUAACCUUUUGAAGAGAUUUAAAUAGAAGAAAUGGAUGAAACAGAGAAUAUUAUACCACCAAGAAGAUAAAUUAGAGAAUCAUCUUCUGAAGAUGUUACAGAUUCUCCUCCAUAACCAAAGAGAAAAUUUUAAUAAUUUGGUAUGAUAGAUAAUAAUGGUGAUAUGGUAUUAAUUGAAGAUGAAUAAAAUUUGAUAAGCGAUUUAAAUAUUGAAUUAAAUUGAACUAGAAUGAUUUUGAAUUUGCA